GGAGGGGCUCCUGGCAUGUCAUGUCAGCAGGAGGAGCGGCAGUGAGGAGGAGGAAGAGGCAGCGACAGAAUCGCAGCUGUUGCCCGCUCACUGACCAGAUACUGUGUGAAAAUGUCCACGAUUCAAACGCUCAGAGCUUUUGUCAACCAGCGACUGACUGCGGCUGUAGAAGAGAUCUUCGUUCUGCUGGAAACAACCAUCUCAAACUACGAAGAGGAGAUUGAUCGCCAGCGCAGACUGCUGGAGGAUGUUGUCAGGUCUGACAUCCACAUGAACAAAGUUUUACCUCCAGCUGUCCAAAAACUGAUUGUCAGUAUAGAAGACCAGCAGGAGUGGAGGACCAGUCUAAACCGGGAGAACCCAGAGACGCCACAUAUUAAAGAGGAACAGGAGGAGCUCGGUGUCAGUCAGGAUGUAGAGCAGCUUCAAGAACUGAAGGAGGCUGAUAUAACCAUAUUUCCAUUCAUUGCUGUGCCUGUGAAGAGUGAAGAUGAUGAAGUUAAAGCUAGGACCUCAGAGCCUCAUGAAAGACAAAGUGAGGAGAAGAGAGAGGCAGAGCCUCCAGCCAGCAGCUCAGCUCAACAGAUGGAACCAGAGACCGACAGCCAUCAUCAGCUUCUGUCUUUAUACUGUUGUGAAUCUGAGACUGAGGACAGUAAUGAUGAUUGGAAAGAGACAGGAGGACAAGAGUCAGGUUCAGACACACUGAAAAAUGAGAGUACUGCCAAUCAUAAUAAAUCCUGCACCCAGGAGAGGCCAUUUAGUUGCACAGUUUGUGACAAAAGAUUUGGCUGCAAAGGAAAUCUGCAUGCCCACAUGAGAAGCCAUACAGGGGAAAAGCCUUUCACCUGUGCUGUUUGUAACAAAAGUUUUAGUGCAAAGGUCAAUCUCAAGACUCAUAUGAGAAGUCACACUGGGGAGAAACCAUUCAGCUGCUCAAUGUGUAACAAAAGUUUUAGUCAAAAAAAGACAUUAGUUAUACACAUGAGAAGUCAUACAGGUGAGAGACCAUUUAGUUGCUCAUUCUGUGGUAAACGUUUUAGUGAAAAGGGAACUUUAAAGAGACACAUUAGAGUUCAUACAGGAGAGAAACCAUACAGUUGCAGUGUUUGUGGACGGAAUUUUAGUUUGCUGUCACAUGUUAAAAGCCAUAAGUGUGCAGGUGUAAACAGUAACAAGUGAAGCUGCAUAAGUUGUUUUUUCAGAUUGAUCUUUGGGAGUUAAGCUGUGUUCAGACCACAAACAGCAGUGCAUUGAUGUGGGUGUGUUGAAUCAGCUACCAAUGAGACCGUGGAUGGAUGUGAUAAAUCUUCGAGUUUGAAGGCUUAUCUGAUGCCAAAACACCACACAUUGGUUAAUAUGAGAAGAUGGGAGUUUACAACUCUGGAAAGUUAUAAUGGGGGCUACCAUUUUGUUCUCCACCUCAACAAUGAUAAGGUAAAGGGUAAAAUUAUUGCUUUCUUCAUCUUACAAAUGAAUCUACCAGGAACAGGCACUUGACUGGCCAGCACAGUAGAUUGCUGGGUGACAUUACAUUGCACUGUGGCAAAAGUUGAACUAGUUGGUGAAUAUAAGGCUUCUUUCAAUGUCUAAACUACAGGCAAGGUGACUCCCUGUCUGCUGUGAAAUAAUGGGAUUGUGUAUUCUCUUUUGGAUUAACUCAUUUAUUUUCACAACUGCAGGUAUUGAAUUACCAACUAAGUAUUUGUGCAGGGCUUCUGUCUUGGAGCAAACAACAAUUAAGAAUAGUGAAUAUAAUGAAGUAGAGGAUCAGUCAAAUAAUAUGUGAUUAAAAACCUGCAUGUUACAUAAAUGUACAUAAAUACAAAGUAAUUUAUAACAUC